AAAGAAAGAAAAGGAAAGUAGGACACCAAGGCGAAGCCCAGGAAGAGAGCGCAGUGGAAGGCGAGAGGAGGAAGAAGAAGACGCGGCAUCAUGGCGGCGGCUCAUGCGGCAGAGGCGUCCCCCACCCACCGCGCGUCCAUCCAGGCGACGUCGACCCCGCCGUACCCCAGCGCGGCCCGGAUCGCCGACUCCUCCUGCUUCCCCCAGUACACCGCCUCCCUCAAGUGUCUGGAGACCAACCACCAGGACAAGAGCAAGUGCCAGCAGCAGUUCGACGACUACAAGGAGUGCAAGAAGAGGGAGAGGGAGGCUCGGCUGGAACGGAACCGGAGCCGGACAUUGUUCGGGUGAGAAAUUGGAGGAGCACUGUGCAACUGGAAGAGUUAAUGCUAGUGAAACCAUGACUCAGUUGAUUUCCUGAUGUUAAUUUAAGCUGUUGAAGUUAGAAAACAGUAGAGCACUCUGGGUUCAGAGAGAUGUAAGGACAAGAUGUCACUAGAGAGUUUAAUAAAAUUGUACCCCCCCCGGAAACGCUUGAAACCGCGUCAAGCCGAUGUGGGAUGUUUUUGUAUUUCAGUAAUUUAUGUUGUUUUGACGUCCUAUUGAAUUCUGAAAGACUGUAAGAGGUUUAUAAACAAAUAGUUGGAAGAAGUCUUGUGAUUGCGAA